AUGCAUCCAGAGUUGAAAAACACCUGGACUCCUGCGGUCAAUAUCUUGACCUGGUUUAUGCUGGUAACGGCUAUUCUGAGCGUCUUGACCCGUCUGGGGACAAAAUACUUCAUUUUUCGGAAGUGGACAUUUGACGAUGCCCUUGCCACUGCUUCGAUGGUGUUCUGCAUUGCGCAGUCAAUUGCUAUCUCAAAGGCGACGGAGAAUGGACUUGGGCAGCACCUUAACAUGCUCUCCGAUGUCAAAAUUGAAAGUGUUAUGAAGGCUGAAUACUCCGCAACCAUUCUCUUCAUCGCCAGCAUUUGCUUCUCUAAACUAUCGCUUUUGGUCUUCAUUCGCAACUUGACACCCGCAUCCUUGGAUCGCCGCUUUGCGCUCGUGCUAGGAAUAUCGAUCGGGCUGUGGACUAUUACUAGCAUUUUCACGGCCGCAUUCCAAUGCCGUGUACCGCAGACAUGGAAUUAUCUACAUGGGAGUUGUUUCAACCGAGCUGCGUGGUGGGAUUAUCUCUGCAUCACAAAUAUCUUGUCAGAGGUUGGGAUAAUAGGCCAAGCGCUGCUGGUCAUCGUACGCAUCCAGACCAAUCUCAGCAGAAAGGCUAGUUUGUCCAGUGUGUUCUUGGUCCGAGUCAUUGUAAUUAUCGCGAUUAUUUUCCAAAUUGUUUACGCCAGUCAAACUGCCUGGGGUGAUUUCACCUUUGAUGCCUGGUCUGUCGCAAUUUCUACUCAAGUGGCUCAAACCGUGAGCAUUGUCACAGCCUGCUCUCCCCAGUUCAAGCCGUUCUUGGAUAGUCUCGAGUCAACGGGAAUGGGUUUGGGUAUGACGAGCUCCGACAACCACGGCAGCAAACACAGGACAUAUGGCAUCAGCACAUUCAAGACAUCCCGUCGCACUGCGGAUACUCGAAGUGAGACUCACGAAUUGGUCUCAGUGCCCCACGAAGAGACUCAUCGGACUAUGGUGACAUCGGCUCCGGACGACGACGCCGAAAGCCAGUCCAGUCAAACUAAUAUAAUUAGGGAGACGCGGACCUGGACGGUGACUGGAGGGUUGCCAAAUUGA